AUGUCUGGGGCUGUACAGGGUGUGAGGCGCCAUGGGGUGCUGGGUGUGUCUGGGGGCUCCUGCUGCUCCAGCACCCCGCUGCUCAGCUUCCCACUGGGAAAGUGGAGAAUUCCGUGUGCUGGUGUGAAGGGCCCCGGUGGGGCUGCGGAGAGCCCCAGUCGCUCCCGUCUUAGUGAAUUCCCCAGCUCACCCUUGCUGGCGCCGGCCCCUUGCACGUGCUCAUGGGCCACUCGCAGCUCCUCUUCUGUGAAGGCAGGUUCCCGAUGUGCCGGCCGUCGUGCAAUUGGGCUGUGGGUCUUCCUGACUUACAGGAACUAUGUGAAUGUGCUGGAGACCAGUGCUUUCUCGGGCAGAUGCAUCGUAAACACCAGCUGGCAUGUCAAACUGAAACGAGGGAUUUCCCAAGACUUGGCUUCUUCCCCCAAACUGGACAGAUACAAGAUAGCAAGACAACUCACGGAAAAAGCAAUCAAGGAAAAGAAGAUUUUCUCCAUCUACGGGCACUACCCGGUGAUCCGGGCGGCUCUGCGCAAGAAGGGCUGGGUGGAGAAGAAGUUCCACUUUUUGCCCAAGGCUGCGGAGGACGCAGGGGAAGGGGCUGCCGGUAAUGAUUGUGACGUCAACGAAAAUCAAGAAAUGGCGCUGGAGAAAGCAGACAACAUCCACGACGUGAUGUCUAGGUUGGUGAAAAAUGAAAUGCCGUACUUCCUCUGGACCAUCAAAAGGGACGUCGUGGACUAUCACAGCCUGGCCGGUGACCAGAUGCUGAACCACUACGGGAAGACGGCUGCCUUCACCACCAAGAUCGGGCUGUGUGUGAACAUGCGGAGCCUGCCCUGGUACGUCCAGGUGAACCCCGACUCCUUCUUCCCGCGCUGCUACAGCCUGUGCAUCGAGAGCGAGAAGCAGGAGUUCUUGGACGACUUCCGGCGCACGGCGGCCUCCAGCAUCCUCAAGUGGGUCGUCAGCCACCAGAACUACGGCAGAAGCAAACCCAAGAGCAGGCGGGCAGAGGCCGGGAACGGAGACCCGGACAGGAAAGAUCCCGAGAACGCGGAAGCGAAGCUCAGGGGCCUCUCAGGGAAGCUCGUGGACACCGCGUGCCGGGUGUGCCAGGCCUACCUGGGGCAGCGGGAGCACGAGGACCUCGACGUGCCGGAGGACGCUGCGGAGGACCUCACCGAGGACGAGUGGAAGGACCUGACCCAGCAAUACUACUCUCUCAUCCGCGGCCACGCUUUCAUCUCCAGUUCAAGAAAUUACUUUUCGCAGUGCCAAGCUCUGCUGAGUAAAAUCAUGUCCGUGAACCCUCAGCUGGAGAUCGACGGGCUGCGGAACGUCUGGAUCGUGAAGCCCGCGGCCAAGUCCCGGGGCCGAGACAUAGUGUGCAUGGACCGAGUGGAGGACAUCCUGGAGCUGGUGGCCGUAGACCAGGCCCCCAGCAAGGACAAGUGGGUGGUGCAGAAGUACAUCGAGACGCCCAUGCUCAUCUACGACACCAAGUUCGACAUCAGGCAGUGGUUCCUCGUCACGGACUGGAACCCGCUGACCAUCUGGUUCUACAAGGAGAGCUACCUGCGGUUCUCCACGCAGCGCUUCUCCCUGGACAGCCUGGACAGCGCCAUCCACCUGUGCAACAACUCCAUCCAGAAGCACCUCAAGAACGACAAGACCCGCAGCCCCCUGCUGCCGGGGUACAACAUGUGGACGAGCUCCAGGUUCCAGGAGUACCUGCAGAAGAGGGGCCGCGGGGCCGUGUGGGGCAGCGUCAUCUACCCAGCCAUGAAGAGGGCCAUCACCAACGCCAUGAGGGUGGCCCAGGACCACGUGGAGGCCCGAAAGAACAGCUUCGAGCUCUAUGGCGCCGACUUCAUCCUCGGGAGGGACUUCAAGCCCUGGCUGAUCGAGAUCAACUCCAGCCCCACCAUGCACCCCUCCACGCCGGUCACGGCCCAGCUGUGCGCCCAGGUGCAGGAGGACACCAUCAAGGUGGUGGUGGACCGCAAGCUGGACCGCAACUGUGACAUCGGCAACUUCGAGCUCUUGUGGAGACAGGUGAGCGGAGCAUGCGCCCCUGCCGGGGCAGUGAGUGGUCAGGUCCGCUGGGUGGGCUUGGUGGCCGCCCUGUGCUGCCGGCGCUGCUGCUUCCAGCUCAGAGCUGCAGGCCGCGAGCCCCGCCAGCCCCGCCAGCCCCGCCAGCUGCAGGGGACACGGACCCUGUUCUGGGAGUCGGGGAACAUGGCCUUGGCCGCUGGGACGUGUGCAGGAGCCCUCCCUCCUCAGGGUCUGUCCCUGCAGGGCUGGGUGGUGGCUUUGCCUGGGUGGCUGGCGGGUGGGUCUAGCCCUGGCCUGGAGACGCGCAGGGCGUCCCUGAAGGCGGGACCCCGGGGGUGCUGGCCCCUCAGGAAGGGAGGCGAUGCCUGUCUUCCCAGGCCGCGAGGGCGCGGGCAGGACCUGGGGAAGGGUCCCGGGCUCACCCCCGAGGCGGGCCGGGCUGCCUGCCCCGGCCCCGCGGACCCCGCGGCGCGGCCGCCGCCCCAACCGUGCCCUCCCGCGCAGCCCGCCGUGGAGCUGCCGCCGUUCGGCGGGGCCGACCUGCGCGUGGAGGGCGUGGGCGUGAGGCAGGCCCGCAGGCUGGUGCUGCCCGUCUCCAACUUCAGCGUGGCAUCUGCGCUCGGGGACGUCCCGCCGCUGAGAGUACGGGGCUCGCCGGCCUCGCCUGACGCAGCCCGGACACCCGCCCGCGCGCCCCUCGCGCCGGACCCGAGGCCGAGGGACGAAAAGGGACAUCCCCGCGCGCUGCCCUUGCCCCCGCCGACGCCGCAGAGGAGCUGUGGCGCGAAGCCCCGGGAGAUACCGGAGCUCGUCGCCUGCCGCUGCCAGCUCGUAGGCGCCAAGGGCCCGGCCGCCGGUCUCGCCAAGGCUCCAGCCGCCCGACACCUGGACCUGCCCGCGCUGGCGCCCCUGGCGCAGGGGGCCCUGCCGCCGCCGCCCCGAGCUCCAGGUGAGCGCCGCCCCUCUGCCGGGGGCCACCUGCCCUCCAGCCCCCAGGAGGACGCCUGGCCGCGACCUCUAGGGCUCCGGUCCCCAACCAAGGGUGAGGCCAGUGAGAAACCAGCCAUGUGUCGCUGCCUGAGCUCCACGCCCCAAGCCCGCCUCACCUUGCUCCGCUGCAACGUGAGACUUAGGACCCCCCCACAGCAGGAGGUGGGGGGCGGGGAGCCAAAGCCUCACCUGCAUUUACAGCAGGUCCUGCCCCUCACAGCACCGCUUGGGCUCCGCCCACCCCCCCCCACAGGGAAAGUAUCUUCCAUGAAACCGUCCCUGGUGCGGUAA